GGUGGUGUACGGAGAAGCCGCCUCAGGACCAGCGGACAUCAACGGCCACGAGCUCGCUCGAGCUCCCGAGCUGGACUAAAUGGAGGCGGCCACGCGCUCGAAGGGGUGGCACAGAUAAUCUGGGCAGGAGGGGGGGCAGAUCCAGGCUUAGGGAAAGCCCGCGGGGGGUGCCAUCAACAGCUGGAGCGUAUUGUUGAAGGGCGGAAAAAAAGAAAAGAAGAGGAGAAAGAUGAAUUCUGCCGAGGCGGCGGAGGAAGGACCGACCGACCCGGACACGGAGCCGUUCUUCAGGACAGUGCCCUCCCUCUCGUCGGGGUCUCUGAGGAAUGAUGGGAUAAAGGCGGCCGAUGUUCUAACAGUUCUGAGGGAAAAGGUCGCUUUCGUCUCAGGAGGGAGAGACAAGAGAGGCGGUCCCAUCCUCACCUUCCCGGCCCGCAGCAACCACGACCGAAUAAAGCAAGAGGACCUGCGCAGACUGGUCACCUACCUCUCCACCGUGCCCAGUGAGGAUGUCAGUAAACGUGGCUUCACCGUCAUCAUUGAUAUGCGAGGCUCUAAGUGGGACCUGAUCAAGCCGCUGCUGAAGACCCUGCAAGAGGCGUUCCCCGCUGAGAUCUGCGUGGCCCUGAUCAUCAAACCAGACAACUUCUGGCAGAAGCAGAAGACCAACUUUGGCAGUGCCAAAUUCACGUUUGAGACCAGUAUGGUUUCAGUGGAGGGCCUAACCAAGCUGGUGGAUCCGUCCCAGCUGACGGCCGACUUGGAAGGUACUCUGGAGUACGACCACGUGGAGUGGACGGAGCUGCGGGUUUCCCUGGAGGAGUUUACUGGCGGCGCGCUGCACCUCCUGUCCCGCCUGGAGGAACUGCAGGAGACACUGUCCCGUCAGGAGAUGGCCAUCGACUCUGAGGAGGCCCGCAGGCUGCUGGAGGAGCACGCCCGGCUCAGAAAGACCAUCACCAAGGCCCCGGUGGACGAGCUGGACCACGAGGGCCAGAGGUUGCUACAGAAGAUCAGAGACGGGGGUGACGGGAGACUGUCUGGGGGGCCGGACUUCCAGAGCUUGGUACCCAGAGUUGCCGCCUUGCUGGACAAGCUGCAGGCCACCCGACAGCACCUGCUGCAAGCCUGGCACAACCGAAAGCAGCAGCUGGACCAGUGCUUUCAGCUACGCCUCUACGAACAAGAUGCAGAGAAGAUGUUUGAGUGGAUAGGGCACAAUAAAGAACUGUUCCUGCAGACUCACACAGAGAUCGGAGUGAGCUACCAACACGCCACUGACCUGCAGACGCAGCAUGACCACUUCGCCAUGAACUCCAUGAACGCUUAUGUAAACAUCACACGGAUCGUGUCAGUGGCGACUCGGCUCUGUGAGGCGGGACACUACGCGGCGGAUCAGAUACAGCAGGUCUCGGCACAGCUGGAUCAGGACUGGAAAAGCUUCGCCUCGGCUCUGGAGGAGCGCAGCGCUAUUCUAGCCAUGUCUUCAGUCUUUCACCAGAAAGCUGAGCAGUUCCUGUCAGGAGUGGAGGGCUGGACGAAGUCCUGCAGUGAGGGUGGGCUGCCCACGGCCAUGCAGGAGCUGGAGCUAGCCAUCCACAGCCACCAGAAUCUCUAUGAGCAGGUGACCACAGCUUACACUGAGGUCAGUCAGAAGGGGAAGACACUGCUGGACGUUCUUCAGAGGCCGCAGCCGACAGACUCUGGGUCAGUGACAGCGGGUGCCGACUACAGCCAGGCAGUGCGCGGGGUGCUGGACGUGGUACACGAGGUGGUGCAUCAGUACCGCAGACUGGAGGGCCUUCUGCAGCACCGCAAGCUCCGCCUCCACCAGAGACUGCAGCUGUGUGUGUUCCAACAAGACGUGCAGCAGGUGCUGGACUGGAUCCAGAACCAUGGAGAGGCUUUUCUCAGUAAACACACUGGGGUGGGCAAGUCUGUACAUCGAGCACGAGCGCUACAGAAACGCCACGAUGACUUCCAGGAAGUGGCACAGAACACAUACACUAACGCUGAUAAGCUGCUGGAGGCGGCGGAGCAGUUAGCUCAGACCGGAGAGUGUGACCCUGAGGAGAUCUACGCUGCUGCUCAUCAUCUGGAGGUCAGAGUUCAGGAGUUUGUUCGCCGAGUGGAGCAGAGAAAACUGCUGCUGGAUCUCUCCGUCUCCUUCCACACACACACCAAAGAGCUGUGGUCAUGGAUGGAGGAGCUACAGAAGGGUUUGGUGGAGCCCGUAUGUUCUGAGACGGUGGACUCGGUGCAGGAGCUGAUCCGGCAGUUCCAGCAGCAGCAGAGCAGCACACUGGAUGCCACUCUUAAUGUUAUUAAAGAAGGAGAGGAGCUCAUCCAGCACUUACGGGACUCAGCGUUGGCGAGUAACAGGCUGCCCCAUGCCAGCUCAGUAGCUCAUAUAGAGAGUGUGUUGCAGCAGCUGGACGAGGCGCAGGCGCAUAUGGAGGAACUGUUCCACGAGCGACGGAUCAAGCUGGACAUCUUCCUCCAACUGCGCAUCUUCGAGCAGUAUGCCCUGGAGGUAACAGGUGAGCUGGACGCGUGGAAGCAGGACUUGCUGAGGCAGGCGUCCGACUACAACACUGAGGAUCUCUCGCUGGCCGAGCAGAGGCUGCACCGCCACACCGAGCGCAAGCUGGCCAUGAAUAACAUGACCUACGAGGUCAUCCAGCAGGGUCAGGACCUGCACCAGUACAUCAUGGAGGUUCAGGCUUCAGGUAUGGACCUGAGUGGGGAGAAGGACGUGGACCUGGCUGCUCAGGUUCAGGAGCUGCUGGAGUUUCUGCACGAGAAGCAGCACGAGCUGGAGAUGAGUGCCGAACACACACACAAGCGCCUCGAGCAAUGUUUACAGCUGCGCCACCUACAGGCCGAGGUCAAACAGGUGCUAGGCUGGAUCCGUAAUGGUGAGUCUAUGCUGACGGCCAAUACGGUGAACGCUGGAUCUCUGUCUGAAGCGGAGCAGCUGCAGAGAGAGCACGAGCAGUUUCAGCUCGCCAUUGAGUCUCUGCUCCACGCCGACUCUCUGCAGCGGACCCAUCAGAGCGCGCUGCAGCUCCAGCAGAGGGCAGAGAUGUUGCUGCAGGCUGGACACUACGACCCGGACGCGGUGCGGGCCUGCGCCGAGACGGUGGCCCUCCACUGGCAGACCCUCAUGCUGAAGAUGGAGGACAGGCUUAAGCUAGUCAAUGCCUCAGUGGCCUUUUAUAAAACCUCGGAACAGGUGUGUAAUGUGCUGGAGAGUCUGGAGCAGGAGUACAGGAGGGAGGAGGACUGGUGUGGAGCUCACGACAAGCUGGGCUCAGCGGCCGACACGGACCACGUGGCUCCCUUAAUCAACAAACACCUGGAGCAGAAAGAGGCCUUCCUCAAGGCUUGCACUCUUGCCAGACGGAACGCUGAGGUCUUUUUAAAGUACAUCCACCGCAAUAACGUCAGCAUGCCGGGUGUCACCACUCACAACCGCGCUCCUGAAACGCAGGUCAAAGCCAUCCUGAGCGAGCUACUCCAGAGAGAGAAUCGUGUCCUGCAUUUUUGGACCAUGAAGAAAAGGCGCUUGGACCAGUGCCAGCAGUACGUGCUGUUUGAACGGCAUGCCAAGCAGGCCUUGGACUGGUUGCAGGAUACGGGUGAGCAGUAUUUGUCCACACACACGUCUCCAGGUGAAACCACAGAAAAAACUCAGGAACUGCUCAAAAACUACGAGGAAUUCCGCGUCUCUGCAAAGCAAACCCAGGAGAAGGUGAAGCUGCUGAUUCAGCUUGCUGGCAGUCUGGUGGAGAAGGGUCAUGUUCAUGUGACAGAGCUGAAGAAGUGGGUGUCCACAGUGGACCGGCGCUACCGGGACUUCUCCCUGCGCAUGAGCCAGUACCGGUCCAGUCUGGACCGAGCACUGGGGCUGUGUUCUGAGGACAAUAAAGAUUUGGAGUUGGACAUCAUCCCUGCCAGCCUCACCCACACUGACCCAGAGGUCAACCUCAACGACCCAGACCACGAGGUCAACGAGGAGAAGAAGAAAUCAGCCAGGAAGAAAGAGUACAUCAUGGCCGAGCUGCUGCAGACUGAGAGGGCAUACGUGAGGGACCUGCAGGAGUGUUUAGAGACGUUCCUCUGGGAGAUGACAAGCGGGAUGGAUGAGAUUCCACAGGGAAUCGCCAACAAGGAGCAUGUCAUCUUCGGGAAUAUUCAGGAGAUAUAUGAUUUCCAUAACAAUAUUUUUCUAAAAGAGCUGGAGAACUACGAGCAGCUGCCCGAGGACGUGGGCCACUGUUUUGUCACAUGGGCUGAUAAAUUCCACAUGUACGUUACCUACUGCAAAAACAAGCCGGACUCCAGCCAGCUCAUCCAGGGCCAGGCUGGACGCUUCUUUGAUGAGAUCCAGAGAAGACACGGGCUGGCCAACUCCAUCUCCUCCUACCUCAUCAAACCGGUACAGAGGAUCACCAAGUACCAACUGCUGCUAAAGGAGUUACUGACGUGUUGUGAGGAGGGGAAAGGGGAGAUAAAGGAGGGUCUGGAGGUGAUGUUGAGUGUGCCUAAGCGAGCCAACGAUGCCAUGCAUGUGAGCAUGCUGGAAGGUUUUGAUGAGAACCUGGCUGUUCAGGGGGAGCUGAUCCUACAGGACACGUUCCAGGUGUGGGACCCCAAGUCCCUGAUCCGGAAAGGCCGAGACCGCCACCUCUUCCUUUUUGAGAUUUCCCUCGUCUUCAGCAAAGAGAUGAAGGACUCGUCUGGACGCACAAAAUAUGUCUAUAAGAGCAGACUGCUGACUUCAGAGCUGGGUGUGACAGAACACAUCGAGGGAGACCCCUGCAAAUUUGCCCUGUGGGCGGGACGCACUCCGACCUCAGACAGCAAAACCAUCCUUAAAGCAUCCAGUAUGGAGGUAAAGCAAGAGUGGAUCCGGAACAUCCGGGAGGUGAUCCAGGAGAGGACAGUGCACUUAAAGGGGGCAUUAAAGGAGCCCAUCCACCUGCCCAAAACCCCGGCCAGGCAGCGCAGCAUCAGCAAGAGGGAAACCACUGAGGAUGCAGACAGUCAGGGAGAUGCCAGCAGCCAACCGGACACCAUCUCCAUCGCAUCACGAACAUCUCAAAACACGGUGGACAGCGACAAGUUGUCUGGAGGCUGUGAGCACACGCUGGUCCUGCAGGACUUUGCGGCCGGUUGUGCGGCUGAGCUGAGUGUACAGUCAGGUCAGACGGUGGAGGUGCUGGAGCGUUCUGGUGAGCGGCCUGGCUGGUGUCUGGUGCGGACCACCGAGCGUUCCCCACCACAGGAGGGUCUGGUUCCCUGCAGCACCCUGUCCGUCUCCCACUCCCGCAGCAGCGUCGACAUGGACUGCUUCUACCCCACCGGCAAAGAGAACUAUCCAGUGGGCAGCUCAGAAGUGAAGUCGGAGUCAGUGGCGUCGCUGCAGCCUCAGACGUCCGUGAGCUCUCUGCCCACCAGCUCUCCUGGACCCAAACGCUCGGGAACCACCGGGAACACGCUAAAGAAGUGGCUGACCAGCCCUGUCCGGCGCCUGAGCCACGGCAAAGGAGACAACGCCAACGCCAAGAAACCCAACAACAAGCAGCGCAAACGGGACGGCCGCAAGAGCGUGGACCUGGGUCCUCAGCACGAGGACAGCACUGAGGAGAGAGGACGAAGAGGAACAAACAGCGGAGGAGAAGAAGAGGCAGAAGACGAGCCGCACACACCUCUACCACCUCCAAUGGAGAUCAUUAAAGAUCCCUCGGCUCAAGAGGAGAAGACCCCUGAGCCUGGCUCAUUCCCAGCGUUCGGCAGUGUGACAGCGUCUGAUCAAACACCCCGAGACCCAGAAACAGAGAAGAAGAACAAAGCCCUGAGAGGCCGAAUGUUUGUGCUGAAUGAGAUGGUGCAGACAGAGAAGGACUAUGUGAAAGAUCUGGGUAUAGUAGUGGAGGGUUUUAAGAGGAGAGUUGUGGAGAAGGGUGUUCCAGAGGACAUGACGGGGAAGGAUAAGAUUGUUUUUGGCAACAUUCAUCAGAUCUACGAUUGGCACAAAGAUUUCUUCAUGGGUGAACUGGAGAAAUGCUUGCAGGACCAUGACAAACUGGCCGAGCUGUUCAUCAAACACGAGAGGCGGCUGCACAUGUACGUGAUCUACUGUCAGAAUAAACCUCACUCAGAGUUUAUUGUGGCGGAAUAUGAGGCGUUCUUUGAGGAAAUAAAGCAGGAGGUCAACUCCAGGAUGUCCAUCAGUGAUUACUUAAUCAAACCCAUUCAACGCAUCACCAAAUAUCAACUGCUACUUAAGGACUUUUUGAAAUACAGUUCGAAGGCAGGCUUGGACUGUCAGGAGAUAGAGAAAGCUGUAGAUCUGAUGUUCCUGGUGCCCAAACGCUGCAAUGAUAUGAUGAACCUGGGCAGACUGCAGGGGUAUGAGGGUAAACUUACGGCUCAAGGGAAGUUGCUUCAGCAAGACACGUUCUUCGUGACGGAGCAGGAUUCAGGUGUUCUCUCUCGCAGUAAAGAGCGCCGGGUUUUCCUCUUCGAGCAGAUUGUCAUCUUCAGUGAACUUCUUCGCAAAGGAUCCUCAACACCUGGAUACCAGUUCAAAAAGAGCAUCAAGGUGAGCUAUCUGAGCAUGGAGGAGCAUGUGGAGAGUGACCCAUGUAAAUUUGUGCUGGCAUGCCGCGGCUCAUCUGAGAGGCUAACGCUACAGGCUGCUAACAUAGACAUUAAGAUGGAGUGGGUCCGCAGCAUCCGGGAGCUCCUGGACCUGCAGAGUAAUUUCCUCACAGCUCUGCAGAACCCGCAGGAGUAUCAAAAGAAAGAAACUGGAAGCUCUCACUCUCUGAGCCGCCAGGCGUCCAGCAGCAGCCGCUCUUCAUCCUCACACCCAUCCACACCACUAAAACCUGCCUCUGCCUCCAACGGAAGCCCCGCCCACAAACCCAGCAAGCAACAGGAGGAGGAGCUGGAUGAGGCGGAGUGUAAUGGUUUGUCCUCGGUGCUGGUGACGCAGGACUACAACGCAGUGAAGGAGGAUGAGAUAUGCGUGGUGGUGGGCGAGAAGGUGCAGAUCCUUGCGUCCAAUCAGCAGAACAUGUGCCUGGUGUACCGGCCCGCCAACAGCCAAUCGCCUGCCGCCGAGGGCUGGGUGCCGGGACACGUGCUGUCCUCGACCCGGUAAAGCCACGCCCCCAUUCUCCUCUUCCUCUGUCUCCACCUCCGUCUCCGCCUCGGGAAUAAAAGCCUCCAGUGACUUAACCAAUCAGCAUUCACCUUUCAGUUUCACCACAGUGGACUCGAUACCAAGAAGGCGUUCAGGACAUGCCAGGCCUCACCCUCCUCUUGAGUUCUCAUUGGCUGAUCAAACAUCAACGGACAUCUGCCAGAACCCGCCUCCCCUCGCAGUACAGCAGUGAACUGGAGAUACGUGCCAAGUUAGACUUGGCCGAGUCGUGACGUCAAAAAAAUCUGCUGUGGAAAUGGGAGAAAAUAAAACACGACAAAAGGAAAUAAUUGAAAUAUAUUAAUAAUAAUGAUAUUAAUGAUAAUAAGAAUAAUAAUAAUAAAGAUUGUGUUGUAUAGAGAGGAACUCAAGGUGAAAUUGUUAGUGCAUUAAGUGUGAAUGCUUUUGAAUGUUAGUGUUCUACUGUUUUUCAUCGCCAUCCUCCAUCUGGAAUGGACGUUUCUCUCCCGAGAGAACUCUCUCUCUCCGGCUCUCCCGCGCGCUCUAUUUCUCAACCGUCUAUGCCAAGCCAUUUGCACACUAUGUACUAUAUUUUCUUGUGUUCAGAUUAAUUAUUUUUUGAAAGUUUUUUUUAUUGUCUUCUCGUUUGAUUUACAGAAAGCAUUUCUUUGUUUUUUUCAUUGACCAAAUUCUCAAAAGUCUCUUGUAGAAAAGAAAAAAAUGUUCUGCACUUUCCAGAAACCAAUGUAUCGCAAAGACGCCAAGUUGUGCAAUAUCACAAUAGUCACAAUGCUCAUCGUUGUACCUUUAAUGUAACUAAGAAUUUUAAAUGUAUUAUUCUGUAUCAUUUUAAAAUUUGUACAUAAUAUUUUUGACAUUGCCAUGAUAGAAACAUACCAGAGGUAAAAUCUUAGCUGUUGACCCUAAAGGAUCAGAGAAACGAUGGUAGUCCACGCUGCCUCCUCAAACCGACAGUUACUGUUCUUUUCUACAUUCGACAUCCUCAGAUUUAGUAACAGAUUUAGUUGAGAGUCAUCCAGAUCAUAUCAGGCCAAACUGUUUACUGAGAUUAGUUAAUUCCAGUCGGUGUUGUCAAUGGAAGAUCUUUAUAAUUGUCAGUAACUCUGCUCUAGCAGUUUCAGGUGGACUCAUGGUUGCAGCAUCCUCCUGCAGAACUAUAUGUGUACAUAAAAAAAGAAAAGAAAAAGAAAAUCCAGCAGGUAUUUCACUUGUUAAUCUCUGGAAUGUGGUUCAUAAUAAAGCUGGCAAUUUUU